AUGGCCAGCAGGUAUGCCAGUUCCCCAUCGGAUGGGGAAGGUAUACAUAGUAGGGCCCGCCCCUUAGAUCGCGGCGGGGGCGGUGGAAUUGUGAACAGCUUUGGUUCAGUGGCCAACGAAGCAGCGGGACUGCUGGUCAGCGAUGACGAAGCGCCAGAUGCAGGCUAUAUAGACAAGGCGGAUAUAGGAUAUAAGGCGAGUGACGACGAUUGGCGGGAUUACUUCGCGAAGAACCACUGGCUUCUGGCCGUUGUGCUGAUAUUUCUAGUACUUAUGCUGUUGACAUCUCUUGCCGGUAUUUGCUACUGCAUUUUCUGUAUCCGCUGUCGUCGGGUGUACACUUUGAACAGCAAUGCCCGGAUCUGUCUGUUCGUCUUGCUUGGCAUCCUGCUGCUGGCGAUCUUUAUCUGGAUCAUAUUGUCCCUCCUGGCCACAAUGAAACUGAACAAUGGCUUAGACAAAUCCGCACGGAGUCGCUGUGAUCGGGGAACCAGCAGCGGGACCAGCAGUGAAAGCAGCGCAAGCAGCAGCGACAGCAGCAGCAGCAAUGAAUACGAAAUCACGAUCGACUCCAAGGCCUCCGACCUUAGUAGAGAUGCUUCGGACCAUCUCUACCACAACUAUGUAGGCAAGUACAAAAAGUUUCAAAACGAUGUCAACAAUAUGCUAAAGCACGAGCCGGAGCAUUCACUAUCGCAAGUGGAAAGGGAAGCCAACUUCGAAUCCGUUGAUAAGUUCAACAAGUUUCUGCAAAAUGUUCUGCCGAAGCUGAAGCCCCUAUUUGAGAGGCUGAAAAUUCUUCUGCCUGAUGCUCGUUUUCUCGCCAUACAGUUCCGUGAUGCCUUACGUGGCGUCAAGCGACGACUGAUGGUGGUGCUGACAACUCAAUGUCCUCAUAACGAGUGCAAGCAGUUCUAUAACGAUGAACGCAUAAAUGCACUCGAUAUGGGCUGCCUGCACUACGACACGAUGACUGGUUGGGAUGAAUAUAUUUCGGCAAUGCAGACAAUAUCGCACAGCAAGUCCAUUGCAAACUAUCCGCAAAGAGCCAAACAUGAAUUGGAGAAGGUAAAAAAGGCAAUUGGGGCUCAUAUAAACAUUUUGCACGAUGCAGUGCACAAGGAACUAGGACGUGGAGCGCACGAGCUGAAUCAUAAGCAUGGGACGGCAAAGACCCUGCUAGACAAGACUAUAGAUGAAAUGCAUCCUUCUAAUAGAAUUAAAAACAUAGUAUCGAAACGGACGACUCCAAAAAUAACAACUUCGGAAGAGGAAACAUCAAAGAAACAGCUGGCCCCUCGCUCCGUUUCGAAGUUUACAAAGAAGCUUGGAAAAUAUUGGUAUGCCACAAUGAUUGUGCUGAUUCUUUUAGUAUUACUGGCACCAUUGCUUCUACUGGUGGCCCUUCUGGUCAGCUGCUGUAGCAGCCGAGUUGGUUCGCGUUUGCUUUGUGCCGCUAUUGUGGCCUUGUUUGUGUUUUUUGUGCUUGCCAUGAUUCUCGUCCUGUUCUACCUUGUGCACGGCGCACUGCUGUAUCAGUCAAGCUGCAGCUCACAGGAAAGUGAGACUUCGAGUAACAAGACUCUUGAUCUAAACCUGCACCUACCACGCAAGUUCAGUCGAACCCAAGAGCUUCCCAAACUAAACAUAGACGACGUCCUCGAGCGCUGCAAAAAGAAUGAAAGCCUCUUCAAAAUAAUGCAGCUGGAGAAAGUGUACAAUGCGCGAGGAAUGCAUGAUCAGCUUAUGAAGAACUUGCACGACGCAGCCAAGAAAAUUAAAAGCUCACCACUUUCUGGAACUUUGAACGCCGUGUCCAUCUACCCAGAGGCCGACAAGAUCAUGCAUGAGUUGCUUAAAAGCAACCUCUCACAUUAUAACAGCAAAAACUACACGAAGCACAUAUGCAAGGAGUUGGUGCCACGACCACUACCGGGGAUAAGCCAAGGUCUGGACGAUAUGGCCAAUCAUAUUAAAGAGCCUAAAGAUAAAACCGUAAAGCCCACUAUCCACAACCAAGCCACUCAUCUGCGUGCUUUUCACGAGCAUCUUGGCGUGCCGCUGGCUAAAAUUAUUCACGAAAUGCUCAAUAUAUUGCAUCAAAUCGACAAGAUCCUGCUGAACGAUAAGGGUAGCUUCAAAGAUCGUUUAAUGGAUAUGGUCAAAGAUAUUAAACGCACAGAGGACUAUCUAAAACACAACGCCACGCAUCGCAUAGAUGGGAACAUCCACAAUCUCAUUAAGCAAAUUGAUGAGCACAAGAAGAACUAUGUAAACAAGGCCAACUCCGCCCUCAAUAACGAUCUGGACACCUGCUCGAAGCUCUCAAAUUUUACUUGGCGCGCCGAAGUCGUAAAAAAUGAGACCCGCAUACGUGGCGGUGGAGGGGGCGAUGAAUGCAACGGUAUAGCUAAGCCUACGAAUGGCAUUUGGCUCGCUCUGCUACCAGCGGCGCUUUUGUUUCUCCCAGCAAUCUGUCUAGCCCAUCAACUGCGCUGCUCGCUGCGACGUGUAGAACCGGAAUACAGCGACUGCGUACCGGACUGUGACGGCAACUAUGUGACGGCCACAAUCAUGCCCAUGCCCAUGCCCAUGCCCAUUCACGCAUCCACCUGGGUCGACUGCUACUGUCCAAACAGCAUUACCCCUAUGCCACAAUCCUAUGACUAUGACUUUGUUUGCCAGAGCAAACCAAAGCGGGAGUAGGCGUGCCCCGUUUACUUUUGUUUGA